AUGGCGAGCCUUCCGGCGAAGAGGGCCAGAGAUGAAGAGACUUUGAGCGAAAACUCUGUGCAGUGGAAGAACCAAGGUUCGGAUCUGCCUCUACCAGAGAAACCAAUCAUGAUGGCUCAUUUCCUUGGUAACCUCAAAAGCAAACUGGUUGACCUGUACAUCAGUAUUCAGAAAGGCCACGAACAAAGGAUUGAAGAGCUGUUUUCAGAUGUGGAUGAGACAAUAGCAAGUAUGUAUGAACAAAUAGCUGCAAGAAAUUUCUCACACCAAAAUGCCAAUGCAAAGAACAUGAUUGACAGUUGGAACGAAGUGCUGUCUCAGUUCAAAGCUAUCUUGGAUGGCUCAGAUCUGUUAAUCCAGGCGAGAGCGAUGGUUAGUUGCACCUUGAUCUUCAAACUAGUCAGCAUUUCUCUGCCUAAUUUCGUUGAGAAUUUCAGUACGUUUCUCCUAGGUACCUUUCAAAUCAAUCGCCAUAUGCUUGAAAGACUUGCUGAAAAGCUGAAGAAAUAUGUUCAAGUGCAGGAUGCAGAGAAUAGUUUUAUGCAUGUACAGGCAUUCGCUGCGAGCACAGGUUUUCUCGAUGAGGUUUCUCGUUGUCUAUUUGCCGAGAGCGACCUCAAUACAUCAUUUCAAUGGACUUCUUUCACCGAUGAGGUUCUGAAAUGUGUCGAAGAGAUCUCGCUGCUUGGAAGGCUGUGCAAGGGCAUAGAGGCGUUGAGUGAAGGGAAGAACAUAUUGUCGUAUGUCAUGGAGAUGCAAAACACUGCAACCGCCAUAUUGAAAGAAGCAUGUGCGUUCCUUGAACAGACAUGCCUAAGAAAUGGUUUUUUCUUGCACAACGGAUUUGAUGGCACUGAAGCCGAAAUUUUUGUGUCCAUUUGCAACAGCAUUGUAAAUGUGUGCCUUGUCAGCACGCAGCAAAGGAAACUGGGGCUGAUGAAUGCUGCGUACAAAGACUGA